UUUGACAGUUCAUAAUUGAAAAUGGCAGACACUGCUGUUGAAACUGCUCCAGGCGAUGAAAACGAUGAUAGUUGGUUGUACGGAGACUCAAAUGCAGAGCAAGCUGCAAACAACGAUGCAGAAAAUAGUGAGAAAACCCAGGUUCAAUCGAAUGCUGACGUUGGAGAAGACAAAGAACAGGAGGAGAACGAUGCCAACAACGAUGAUUCGCAUUUCAACGAUGAGCAUUUUGCUGACGUUGGUCUGACGGGGGAUCAGGAGCAAGCCAACGGGGAUGCCGACAGCCAGGACAACGGAGACUCGGAUUCCGACGACAGUGACGAUGUCAAAGUCACUAUCGGAGAAAUCAAGUCGGGGCCGCAAGCGUAUGCCAGUUUGAACAUCAAAAGAGGAGUAGGCCUGGUAGCAGCAGGCGCAGAGAAGCCCCGCCAAGGUACUGCCACUGGCAGCAAGGUGACGCUGGAGGAUCUCGAUGGGCCCGGCAGUAUCAAUGGAGUGCCCGCACUUGAAUUCAACAUCGACACCAUUGAAGAUAAACCAUGGAAUAAGCCUGGUGCUGACAUAUCUGACUACUUCAACUACGGGUUCAACGAGGUGACGUGGAGCGCGUACUGCGAGCGGCAGCGGCGCAUGCGCGUGGGCGAGGCCGGCGUGGGGCUGCACGUCGUGCCGCCGCGCGCGCCGCCGCCGGACAUGCGGCGACCGCCGGGUCCCAUUAGAUCCGACGAUGGUCCGCCAGUGAUGCCAAAUAACUACCAAGUUCGCGAAAAUACUAUACAGGUGAUGACGGCGGAGCGGCGCGAGUACGGGCGCGGGCACCGCGACGCGCCCGAGUACUUCCCCGCGCCGCCGCCAGACCACUACUACCCGCCGCCCGCCGCCUACGACGAGCCCUCAUGGGGUCACCCGGAGCCGUCGGGCUGGGCGCCGAGCGAGAUAAAGGAGCUGACGCCCGGCCCGGCCAUGGGCCCGCCCAGCAUGGGCCCGCCGCCCAUGGGCAUGGCGCCGCCGCCCGGCCACAUGGCGCCGCCGCCGCACAUGCUGGGCGCGCCGCCCUUCGCGCCGCCCUACCGCCACCUGCCGCCGCACGACCGCGACCGCGACCGCGACAGGGACCGCGACAGAGAGCGCGACCGAGACCGCGACAGAAUGAGGGAGAGGGACGAACGCGAGCGCAGUCACAGGAGAGAUGACGAAGACAGAGAUCGCGAAAGGGAUAGGGAACGCGACCGCUCGAGGUCUAUCAAACCCGACAGAAUUAGAGAAAAGUCCUACAGAAGAGAACGAUCUCGCUCUCGUUCGCGCCGCCACAAGUCGCGCUCGCGGUCGCCGCGGAUGCGCGAGCGCUCUAGAGACCGCGAACGUUCCCGGGACAGGGAACGCGAGCGCGAACGCUCGCGCGACCGCGACCGCUCGCGCGACAGAGAGCGCAGCGUCAAACCUAAAACCAAGGAGAACAAAGAGAAAGAAGAUGAUAAGUAAACUAGCAGAUAGCUUUAGUUACAGUGAAUGUAUACUUUUUGAUCCGGAAAACUUGAGCACUCAAUUAGCUUGUUAUUUUUAAGUUAAGAUACAAUAAAUCGAUAUGUAAGGUGG